GGCCGGGAAGCCGCGGGGUUCGCGGUCUUGCGGUGGGGCUGCGGCGGCAGGCAGCGUCGGGCUCCCUUACUCUGCGCUCUUCGGUGCUGGAACUUGAGUUUUAGCCAUUUGGGUUCCAUGAGCACUGGAAACUGAAUUAUCUCUCAGUUUGGCAUUGCUCUGGUGACUGGCAUAGGAGCUAAGUUAUUCUCCGCCAUGACAUCUGUGUUAGUUCCUUGACCUGGGUCAGCUUCCAUGUCCUUAUCUAUCAGGUGACAUGUGAGUCUCUUCGGGAGCAGCUGCCUGAGUGGAAAUGCUCUCAGUGGUGGAGAAUGGACUGGAGUCCCGGGCUGUCAUCCCGGUCAUCAAGAAGAAGCUGGUAGGAUCCGUGAAAGCACUUCAGAAGCAGUAUGUGUCACUGGAUACGGUGGUCACAAGUGAAGACAGCGAUGCCAACAUCAUGUGCAGUGCCCUGGAGGCUGUGUUUAUCCAUGGCCUGCACGCCAAGCACAUUCGUGCUGAGGCUGGAGGCAAAAGGAAGAAACAUGUACACCAGAAGCCUCUGCCUCAGCCUGUCUUCUGGCCCCUCCUGAAAGCUGUCACCCACAAGCACAUCAUCUCAGAACUGGAGCACCUAGUCUUUGUCAACACGGAUGUGGGCCGCUGUCGGGCCUGGCUGAGGCUGGCCCUCAAUGAUGGUCUGAUGGAGUGCUACCUGAAACUGCUCCUCCAGGAACAGGCCCAACUGUGCGAGUACUAUCAGCCAACAGCCCUACUGCGAGACGCUGAGGAGGGCGAGUUCCUCCUUAGCUUCCUUCAGGGACUGACAUCCUUAUCCUUUGAGCUCUCCUACAAGUCUGCCAUCUUAAAUGAAUGGACACUCACCCCAUUGGCCCUCUCUGGGCUUUGCCCACUCACUGAGCUUGAGCCUCUCUCUACCUCUGGUGCAGAACUACAGCAGAAGGAGUCUCUGGAUUCAAUUUCCCACUCCUCAGGCUCAGAGGACAUUGAAGUCCAUCACUCAGGCCAUAAGAUCCAGCGGAACAGGGAGCUCACUGCCUCCUCUCUCAGCCUAGACACAGCCAGUUCAUCCCAGCUGUCCUGCAGCCUGAACUCUGAUAGCUGCCUGCUCCAAGAGAGUGGGUCCAAGAGCCCAGAUCGUUCUGAGGAGCCCAUGUCUUACGACUCAGACCUAGGCACAGCAAAUGUUGAUGAUUCUGACCCAUCUCUGCAAGAGGUAUUGUCAGAAUUCAGCAAAGCCCAGGUAAACUCUAUGCCAAGCAACAGACCAAACCAAGAGACAGAGACCCUCAAACCACAGUCCUCGCUGUCCCUCAGGCCUGCCACCAACACCCAGCUGCACUUUGAUGGGCCUGCAGAGCUCCUUCCUGCCUCAGCAUCCUCUACAACCCAACAUGGCGGUCACAAGCAAGAGCCACUCCCCCAAGAACCAGGUGCCCUGGAUGUGCAACAGCCAGGCAUGGCCCAAGCUGUCUCUGCAGGGAGCCUGUCAGACCAGCAGUCAUCUAGUCCUGUCAGUGCCACAGUUGGCCCAGGGUGUGGCCAGCAGAAAGUCCCGGACCAUGGAAGAAUUGGACUGAAGCUCGGAGUUUCCUCUCCUACCAGUCCGAAAAGCCCAAGCUGGAUCUCCGAAGAUGACUUUUAUCGGCCCCCUCAGGAGCACGUUCUACAGAAUGCUUCCCGUGUCUGUGCAGCUUCUUGCCAAGAGACUCCAGAGCCAGGGUCCACUCUCCACAGGUGUCCUACUGAAGGACCUCAAAAGAGCUGUUCCUUGGGGGCCUUGGACAGAGCGUGUGUGCGCUCCCCAGGCAGGGAGAAUGCCGGAGCAGCCCCAGUACAUGAGCAUAAAAACUUUCGAGUGGUACACCGGAGGCAGAUGGGGCUGUCUAACCCAUUCCGGGGCCUCAUGAAGCUGGGCACCGUGGCCCGGCGGGGAGCCAUGGGCAUCUGGAAGGAAUUCUUCUGUGAACUCUCCCCACUGGAGCUCCGCCUCUACCUGAGUGACCAGGAGCACACCUGUGUGGAGAGCUGCUCCCUGCUGCGAUGCCAGGCUGUGGGGCCGGCCCACAGCGAUGGGCGCUUUGAGCUGGUCUUCUCUGGCAAGAAGCUGGCAUUGCGUGCCUCCUCCCAGGAUGAAGCGGAGGACUGGCUGGACCGUGUGCGCGAGGCCCUGCAAAAGGUCCAGCCUCAGCAGGAGGAUGAGUGGGUAAACAUCCAAUACCCAGAGGAGCCUGAGGAUGCCCCUGAAGGUCCUCCUGGCAGCCACCCCUCUCAUUCAGCUCUGCUGGCUGAGCCUGUGGUCCCCCAGGGCACACAGUUGAACUGGACGUCUGCCCAGGUUCCAGAGCCAGACGCUAUCAAAGAGUCCCUUCUGUACCUGUAUGCAGAUAGAACCUGGAUACCCUACAUUUUUUCUCUGUCUUUGGAGUCUCUGAAAUGCUUCCGAGUGAGAAACAAUGAGAAGAUGCUCAGUGACAGCCAUGGAGUGGAGACCAUCCGAGACAUCUUGCCAGACACAAGCCUUGGGGGCCCGGCCUUCUUCAAAAUCAUCACAGCCAAGGCCAUUCUGAAACUGCAGGCUGGGACUGCUGAAGAGGCCGCCCUGUGGAGGGACCUGGUCCGCAAGGUCCUGGCAUCCUACCUAGAGACAGCUGAGGAAGCUGUGACGCUAGGUGGGAGUCUGGAUGAAAACUGCCAGGAGGUGCUGAAGUUCGCCACCAGGGAGAAUGGCUUCCUGCUGCAGUACCUUGUAGCCAUCCCCACCGAGAAGGGCCUGGACUCCCAGGGCUGCUUCUGCGCAGGCUGCUCCCAGCAGAUCGGCUUCUCCUUUGUACGACCCAAGCUCUGUGCCUUCUCUGGCCUCUAUUACUGUGACAUCUGCCACCAAGACGAUGCCUCAGUGAUUCCAGCCAGGAUCAUCCACAACUGGGACCUCACCAAACGCCCGGUCUGCCGGCAAGCCCUGAAGUUCCUGGCUCAGAUACAGACCCAACCCCUCAUCAACCUGCAGCUGGUGAACGCCUCACUGUAUGAGCAUGUAGAGCGCAUGCACCUGAUUGGCAGAAGCCGGGAGCAGUUGAAGCUUCUGGGGGAUUACCUGGGCCUGUGCAGGAGCAGUGCCCUGAAGGAGCUGAGCAAGAGGCUCAACCACAGGAAUUAUCUCUUGGAGUCUCCUCACAAGUUUAGUGUUACUGACCUCCAGCAGAUUGCAGAGGGGGUGUACGAAGGGUUCCUCAAGGCCCUGAUCGAGUUCGCCUCCCAGCACGUCUACCACUGCAACCUGUGCACCCAGCGGGGUUUCAUCUGCCAGAUCUGCCAUCAUCAUGACAUCAUCUUCCCAUUUGAGUUCGACACUACCGUCAGGUGUGCUGAGUGCAAGACUGUCUUCCACCAGAGCUGCCAGGCCGUGAUGAGGAAGGGCUGCCCCCGCUGUGCCCGCCGGCGCAAGUAUCAGGAACAGAACAUUCUCACCUAACUUCAGUGUUGUGUCCUGAUCCACUCAAGGCCACAGGAGCUUCAGCUCAGUCAUCCCAGAUGGCUUUGUCACCAGCCAGGCUCCACUUGUCUUCCCUGUGAGAAAGACCCUUUAGUGUGCACAGAGCACGGACCUCCCAAAGAAAGGCCAGAAAGGCCGAGUACUCUGUGGCUUCCCAUGACCCUCUGCUCCUUAGGUAGGGACACCCCCAAGACCCCUGCCUGGGCCAAAGCAAGUCUUCCAUCAGGCCUGGCUCACCUGGCUGGCAUGACACCUCCAUUAGGGCUAUUCACACACUGGAGACUUGGGGGACAUUGUCACUUCUACAUUCCUGAUUCAAAGGCCUAGUUUUUUUAAGGUGGGUUUUUUUCCCCCUUCAUGCUUCAACAGAAAAUAUUUUUUUAUUCUUGGCCCUGCACAAGAAACCCCAGGCCUUCCCACCCUGAUCAGAUGGACAGUGCCACACCAGGCCUGGCCUGGAGACAAGCAAGGGGGCCAGGCAAACAGGCCAUUGUGGGACAGGGCUGGUCUGUGGGCUGGUGCCUUUCCUUUACCCCUGCCAACAGCACCAGUGCCAUGUGCCAAAUUGCCCAUCUGUGGGACAGAGUCAGUCCUGAUGGCUAACCACCUCCCUGUUCCACACUCCUCACCUGAAAAGCCCUCCCUCCUCAGCAUCAUAGGCCCCUGGCUCUUUUCUGGCCUUGGGUCACAGUUGUGAGAGAAGCAAGGAAAUGGUCCCAACAAGCACUGUGAGCACUUUGAGCCUUCCCUCGUUAGGAGGGCUUUCACCUUGCCUGCCCUCGUCCCACACCCUCCCUACUGCUCCACAGACAGCAAGGCCCACCUCAGGCAGGUUCUCAGGGCCAUCUCUGCCUGGCUGGGCGCAGGCCAGGGGAUGGCCUCUGAUGCCAUGGCUGCCAGGUCCCCCCUCUGUUGCUGAGGUGUGCGUGGAUUUGUGAGAAGACGCCCUGUGGAAGCCAUGAGUUCACAGUUCCUGGACUUGCCAGCAGAAUGCUGCCAUAGAAGGAUUGCCUUUCAAGGGGGCCUCGUAAUGGGAUUCUGGAAUUAUCUCAAGGUGAUGUUCAGACCCCUGAGGUCUGUGAGGGUAGAGGAGCAUGUUCUCUGCUGCCUUCCUCUCCUCUCCUGGACUGAGCAGCCCCUCUGGCCAUCCCACUGCACUCAGGCUUGGAGUAGAGCCUCUGGUGGAAAUGGAGGCCUCAGGUGAGGAGCUCUGCCUGUCACUGUCAAGAGAUGAGCCUUCCCCCACCCUCCCUGAGGUGAACAGCCUGCUGAGUCAUCUGCCCUCUGCACAGAGCUGGAAGAAUUGUGCAAUAGAACAGAGGAGGGUGGUAGGCAGGUAGCAGACACUGCCACACCAGCGUGUUCCUCUGUCUCCAUCAUGGAAUGUGGUACACACUAGUGUCCAGAAUGCAAAAGCUUCCUGAACCUGAACCCCGAAGUGGAUCUGCAUCCCCAAUCUACAUCCUACAGCCAGCAUUAAUGCUUCCCCCAAAAUAUGGUCUGAUCACAGUUUUGUUGCCCCAGGUCCCUGAGCGGGCAAGAAUCUGGCCUGGGAUGGGCCUUGGGCCAUAAGCUUCCCUAGGAGACAGCAGGAGGCCCUAAUACCUGUGGCCUCCUCCCACCCCUGGGAUUCUGAGCAUUAGAGCUGGCCCUCUUCCCUUUACCAACAAGCUGCUAAUGCUGUCAGAUGAGUUGACUUAACCCUUCCUCUCCAGAGGAAAGCUCACAUGAACCUCAGUAGUGCCCACACUAUUUUUAAAAUAUUACUUUAUGCAAUAAACUUUCUAAUGAAUGGGGCUCAGACCCUGAGAAGUGCUUUGCAAUGUAUUGAAGGAACUGCUGCUGUGAUUUUUGAAUGACCUUUUUCAGUAAAGAUCUGAUCUUUCU